AUGAAAUCCUUUCGCAGGUCUUUGGUGCUGAAGAUCGGUCAGGUUCUGCUGACAGCAAGCCGGAAUGGUGUUUGGGAGAGCGUCCUUCAGGCGGUCUUCAAGUCUCCCACGUGUGCUUGUGGAGACGGGCACUGCAGUGAGCACCGUGAGCACCAUGAAGCCUGCGAGCAUUGCUUGCCUCAAGACGAGGUGGCACGAAGCAAACAGGAGAAGCAAAGAGGCCAGAGAGAAGGCAGAGGCAGGGGUAGCGGUGAUGGCCUCGGGGGGCGGAGCAGAUCUGGUCGAUCCAGAGCUCAACGUCCUGGGGCCGGAGAAAAGCCGAAGCGUUCGCAGCCUGAAGGCGGAGAUCCGCGUGAUCACGCAAGAGCGGCAGGAGCUCCACCGCGAGGUGGAACGGCUGCGCCAGCAGCUCCAUCGGCCAGAUCAUGGCCCCACGUGAGCGAUCGGAUCGGACGGGAUGAGCCUUUGGAGGUCUGA